AUGCCGCAAGAUAGAUUAACAAAAAGAAGUCAAAUGUCAAGAACACCUGAGAGAGAAAAUUUUGGAUCCCAUAAUAAUGGUCAAGGUCAAAUUAGACGUUCCAGACUAUCUAGAUCACCAUCAUUGAAUUCAAGUCACAUCCAACGAUCUAGGAAAGAAGAUAGAGAGGUUAAUCACAAGGUUCUUCAGCUGAGAGGAAUCAUCAUAGAUUAGGACAAUUUAAUGGAAGAUCUCCUAACAGAGCGUAAUUAAAUACUUACUUUACUUCAUUUUAGUCGAGAACAAUCUGAUAGUCUCGAUGGUAGAUAGGAAAAUCAUCAUCACAGAAGAAGACCUUCUACUGAAGGGUAAAGAAGAAGCCAAAGUCCAUUCAGGGAGGAGAGGAAAAAACCAAUUAGAGGUGGUUUGGAUGAAAGGCCUUCUGAAAGAUAAAUUUUCGAUUUCAAAGUUUUCAUUAAUAAAGACUUUAUAUGUCACUAAACCAAAUGUUCUAGCAUCUAUUUUGAUGAGAAAAUUCAGAUUCCAGAUAUGCCAGGGAAAGUUAUGGUAUUCUAAUCUGAUAUAAUUGAAAUCAAAUAUGACGCUAUCUCAAUCAUUUUAAGAAAACUACUUGAUAUUUAGAGCGAUCUUGCUAAGAAUAAGACAAAGACUUCGCUGCUUAACUCUAACUCGAUUCUUGAAUUCUUAAUACUCAUACCAGAAGGACUUGUAGCAUUAGUAAUAGGAGGAAAAGGUCGAUAAAUUAAAAAUUUCAUGGACGAGAGUGGAGCUGAUAUAGUUGUUAAUCAGCCAGUUUAUGGAAUGAAUUAAAGGUCAGUGUCAAUCAGAGGCCAACCUAAGCAUGUGGCUUCUGCAUGCUUGAAGAUUUAUCAGACUCUUGAGAAGUAUGCAUACUCUGAACCAAUUUAGAAAGACAAGAUCAAAUCUUGCUGUAAAUUUGUGGUAAAAGAAGAAUCAAUUGGAUUUAUUAUUGGGAAAAAUGGAAGUUUUACUAAAUUUUUGCAAGAUGAGUUGAGAGUUCAUUUAAACUGCUUUAGAGACAAAGGCAAUCGAGCACUUAGACAUGAUGAGAGUGUUGCUCGUAUGACUGGUUCACUACAUGACAUUCAAAACUCAAUCCUAGAAUUCUGCAAGAGAAUAGAAGAGUACUAUGACUCCUUGAAGAAGAACUUUAAGAAUUAUCCAUUAGCCAUUCUGAUACCAAGUAAUUUAGUAACUAAAAUCAUUGGUGCGGGUGGCUGCAUGAUUAAGGAAAUCUCUUAAAAAUCAGGCGGUGCUAACAUAAGAAUUCAUUCUAGUAAGGACAGUGAUAGAGAUCUAUAAGAAAUAGUAGUAACAAUUGAAGGCUCUUUACAAUCAAAAUUUGAAGCUGCCUCCUAAAUAAUUGAAUAAAUUGAACUAUUCAAGAACGGAGGACCCGUAAGCAAAAAUAAUUCAAAUAUUAACCACUAAUAACAGAUUCUGUCCUCAGGCUAAGCUAUUAACUCAAAUCUUGCAGGACAAAUUAGAAAUUCUGUCCCAUUCUAAAGAUCCGAUGCCUAUAGAAAUGAAUACGAGCAGCAGCCACCUAAGUAACCAAGUGAUCAUAGAUAAAAAGAAUCCAAGUUUGGGGAAGUAGUAGAAGAAUAAGCUGAAUAGAACAGAGCAACUAAAAGCAAUAAAAUUUCAAACAAUAGAUCCAGACAUUCAGGAAGUCGAGAAAGAAAACGAAGCCAAAAUGGAUAGUAGAAAUUAACCACAGAGGGCGCCAUCUCCACAUCUUCGAUUAGCAAUAACUAAUCUCUUAAUGAAAAACCUAAAUUUGAUAAUUUGAAGAAUAAUUCAGGGGGCCGAGAUCAAUUGAUUCCAUAGUAGCAGGAUGAUCUCGAUGGCAUGGAGAUUGAAAACAAUAGCUUUUUGGACUUUAACACAAACAGUGGAGGCACUGGAAGCAGAGCUGAAUUCGGUAAUCACCUAAACCCAGGCAGUGCCUCUAAGGCAACUGUUGCUACUACAGUUGAAGAGUCAUCUACCAAUGCAAUCAAUAUCAUUGAAAUUCCUAAACAAGAAUCCUAUGAAAUGAUGACUUUGAUUAAUGAAAACUGUGAAUUGGUAGUCAAUUUUGAAGUAAUGGUGCCCCCUUAUCAUCCAAUUCUCAACAGCAAAAUAGAAGAACUAGAAAAAAAUACUAACUGCUAAAUAGUCAUUAAUGAUAAAAAUGUAAGCUUACAUAAGAUAUUAACAUUAAUUAAAAGAAGAAGCAACCAACUAUUCAACUUCAAGGAAGCUUGA